UUGACCGUUGCACCGUACCUAGAGUUUAAAAUUGCCCCUUAACUCAACACAACAGCACAGACACAAUCACAAACCACAUCAUUUUCGCCACUCUCUCUCUCUCUCUGAUAUCCAAAUAAUCCAAAAAUGGUAUCAAAGGUGAAGAGAAGCCCAGUGAAGUCCAUCAAGGACCUCCGCAACAACAACAACCGUCGCUGGCGACGGAAAACCCCCAUAAAAAAUGUGGUGGCGGCUUCCUCCGCCGCGCUGGCCACCAUCCGCCGCCGUAUCACGAAACUCUUCUCGAAGAUCGCGCGCCUCAGCACCAGCGCCCACAAGAAAAAAGCAACCUCGUACAAAAUCCUCAAAAAGACAACAACAACCGACGAAGAACUCGACAACAUUCGCCGAACCCUCGUGUUCGACGACACCACCGCCACCACCACCACCCCGCUCCUCCCUCCGUUGUUCUCCGUCCGAAAAACGGUGUUCCUCGACCUCGACGAAACGCUCGUCCACUCGCACCCCUCGCCGCCGCCGGAGCGCUUCGACUUCGUCGUCCGGCCGGUCAUCGACGGCGAGCCCAUGGAUUUCUACGUCCUGAAGCGCCCCGGCGUCGACGAGUUCCUCGAGUCCCUCGCCGCCAAGUACGAGGUUGUCGUUUUCACCGCGGCGCUUAAGGAGUACGCCUCCAUGGUCCUGGACCGGCUCGACCGGAACCGGUUCAUCUCGCACCGGCUCUACCGCGACUCGUGCCGAAACAUUGACGGGAAGCUCGUGAAGGACCUUAACGAAACGGGUCGCGACCUCAAACGGGUCGUUAUCGUCGACGAUAACCCGAAUUCGUUCGCGAACCAACCCGAGAACGCGAUUCUGAUAAGGCCCUUCGUGGACGAUAUUCUCGACCGGGAGCUUUGGAAAUUGAGAAGCUUUUUUAAUGGGUCGGAUUGCUGUGAAUGUGAUGAUAUGAGGGAUGCUGUUAAGCACUACGUCACUGUGCAGCAUCGACGUUAGAUUGUUAGAUUCUUUUUAUUAUUUUUUUUUUCAUGAUUUAUGUCUUUACUUCCCCUCGUGAGUUGAACAAUCAACAAUGAGUUGUUUGUUCAAUGCCUGGUUGUGAGUAGGGAGGGAAAAUGCUGCUUAUUACUAAUUCUUUAGAUUGAAUAAUCAACUUUGAUUUAAUUGAUGUAUCUAAUGAUGGUAUGUGUCAAAUGGAUAGCACACUUCCAUUCAGACAUGAUGUAUGUUAAGGAUUAAGUUUGUUAAGUUGCAGCAAAUAAUUCUCCAA